AAACUCGGCACAAUGAAUGGUGUCACACUGCCAACUAUUCUCAAUGUGUUGUCAAUUCUUAUGUUCUUACGUUUUGGGUUCAUUAUUGGACAGAUGGGGAUUUUGGGAACGAUUUUUUUACUUCUUACAUCCUACGGAAUCGAUCUCUUGACGACGCUGAGUAUUUCUGCAAUUGCAACAAAUGGAACAGUCAAAGGUGGGGGAGCGUACUACAUGCUCAGUAGGAGUUUAGGAGUGGAAUUCGGCGGUGCCAUUGGUGUUAUCUUCUACAUUGGGCAAAUUUUGAAUAGUUCAAUGAAUGUUGCGGGUGUUAUAGAGCCCAUUUUGUACAAUUUUUCUGAGGACAAUGGAGUUUUGAUGCAAAUUUUGCCGACUUCAUACUGGUGGCAGUUUGCAUAUUGUUCAGUGUUUCUACUACUGUGCAUUAUUGUUGCCUUGAUUGGUUCUAGUGCUGUGUCGAAGGCUGGCACAUACUUAUGCAUCAUAUUGAUCCUGUCAACACUGUCGAUCCCCUUUUCAGCGCUGUGUGUGAGACCUUUUGACUCUGACUAUGGUGAGUAUUCGGGGCUUUCAUGGGAGACUUUAAAGAAUAAUUUGUUCCCCCACUUCACUAAGGGAGCAGCCGGAUCGCAAAUGAAAGGUGUUGAGACUUUUAACGACCUAUUUGGUAUUUUUUUCCCUGCAACGGCCGGUAUUUUAGCUGGUGCAUCCAUGUCGGGGGACUUAGCAAAUCCGUCAAAGUCUAUACCUAACGGUACGUUGAACGGGUUGCUCAUUACUUUCAGUUCAUACCUCAUAGUCAUCAUUUCUAUGGGUGCUUCGAUACCGAGGGCAUUAUUAUACAGAGACACCCAGAUUUUACAGACGAUCAACAUUUCUCCAUUCAUCAUAUUGGCCGGGGAGAUGUCAACCUCGAUUUUCUCGAUCAUAGUUGGUAUUGUUGGUGCCGCCAAAUUGUUGCAGGCGAUUGCGAGGGAUGAGAUUUUGCCUGGUUUGAAGAUUUUCGGAAAUGGAGACAAGGAGACGGACGAUCCGAAGGAGGCGAUCAUUCUCACGUGGAUCAUCUGUCAGUUGUUUCUGUUUGCCGACUUGAAUCAGAUCGCGACGCUCAUCACAAUGGCUUUCUUGAUGACGUUCAUUGUGACGAACAUGUCGUGUGCACUAUUGAAAAUCGGUUCUGCUCCCAAUUUCAGACCCAGUUUCAAGUAUUUUUCGACCAAGACUGCGCUUGCUGGGACGUUCAGCUGUUUCAUUGCUAUGUUUGUUGUUGAUGGGUUCUCUGCGUCGAUUGUGAUGGCCACGCUGGUGUUGUUGAUCUUGGUGAUCCACUUCUUGUCGCCGCCGAAAUCGUGGGGGGACGUGUCGCAGUCAUUGAUCUACCACCAGGUGCGGAAGUACUUGCUCAAGUUACGACAGGACAAUGUCAAAUACUGGAGGCCGCAGAUCUUGUUGCUAGUGGACAAUCCGAGGACGAGCUGGAAGUUGAUUUCGUUCUGCAACAACUUGAAGAAGGGAGGGCUCUAUGUGUUGGGCCACGUGCUCAUCACAAACAACUUCCAGGACAACGCGACUGAGUUGAGUCGGUCGAAGGAGAACUGGGCGAAGAUCCGGGACAUUACGAAGGUGAAGGCGUUUGUGCAGAUCUCGAUAGCGCCCUCGUUUACGUGGGGGGUGCGGAACAUCUUUCUCGGAAGCGGCUUGGGCGGGAUGAAGCCGAACAUCACGAUCAUUGCGUUCUACGACUUGGCCCGGUACCGCGGGGCAUGCAGCGUGCCCAAGGGCUUGCGGUUCGAGUCGUUGACGAACCAGUUCCAGAAGCAGGUGAAGAUCGAGAUCAACGAUCUUCCGACAGACAGGCGCGCGAAGUUUGCGCCCAAGAUCAAGUUGACGGAGUGGAUCCAGGUGUUGGAGGACUUGAGCUUGCUCAAUUCCAACGUUGCCGUUGCCAAGGGCUUCCCGCGGCUGGACAUUCCCACGGGCGAGAGCCGUGGCGACGACAAGCGCUACAUCGACUUGUACCCGAUCCAGAUGGCGCAGCGGCUGGACACCGACGAGGGGGUGCUGACCACCAACUUCGACACGUGCACGUUGAUUCUCCAGAUGGGAGCCAUCUUGCACACCGUGCCGAACUGGAAACACACGCACGUGUUGCGUGUGGUGGUGUUUGUGGAGCAGGAGAAGGACGUGGCCGAGGAGCAUGUGCGGUUGAAGAAGCUUCUUGAGAUCUUGCGCAUGCAGGAGGCCCGCAUCGUGGUGAUCUGUCUCGAGAGCGCGUCGGAGUUGGCCAUCUACCGGUAUUUUUCCAAGGGCGACGCGGAGGGCCUGCGUGCGGAGACCCGGAGCCGGGUGGACGAGCUACUGAAGGAGGACGCGUGGUGGAACGACGUGUGCCGGACACGCCGCCGGGGCGACCCGGCGCCGGACCAGGUGCUUGGCCGGCCUGGGGCGAUGAGCCUCUCGGUGCCUGUGCGCCGCGGGCCGCGGGCGGGCGCCCGCAGACGGCUGUCGGCGGUCCAGCGCAGCGGCCUGGGGCUCAGCUUCGGCACCAUGAGUUUCCAGCCCAACCGGUUCAGCUCCAAGGAGCUGAGCAACGUGUUUGGCCGCAGCGAGGACCUCACGGACACGGACGACGUGAGCGUCAGCGACCUGGACAGCGUGCACAGCGUGGCCAGCGUGGCCAGCGUGGCCAGCGACGCCAGCGACGACGACGCCGAGCGCCUGAGGCCGCUGGUGGCGCACACCAAGAGCAGCGGCAGCCUGCGCCGCAUGAAGCGCAGUGCGUUCACGGCGGAGCGGAUGCCCAACUCGACCAUCAAGGAGAACGCGGAGGGGAACGAAGCGUCCAUCAUGUUUGAGGACGACGCGGGAGAUAGCAGGAGCGGCCGCGCCAGCCGCACCCAGGGCAAUAGCGAGGGCUGCUUCGCCGUGCGCUUCGCAGACAUGACGCGCCGCUGCCAGUUCCUCAUCCUCAACGAGAUGAUGCGUGCGCAGUCCGCCGCAGGCACAGACCUGCUCUUCAGCACGCUCCCGGCCCCCGAGGUGGGCCUGCACCGCAGCGAGGUGGAGAGCGUCGACUACGUCGUCGACCUCGAGCUCUGGACCGAGCGUCUCCCGGCCACGCUGCUGCUCAACGCUAAGACCGUCACCGUCACCAGCAACCUG